CCAUCUAGUAUAUGUAUGUAGACCCUGAGUGUGGUGACGUCACAUUUGUAUUUUCAGGUCAAUGCACUAGAAAAUUGGUAUCGUGACUGCGAUAAUCCUUAUCAGGUUAUUUAUAUAAUGCUGGUGUAGUACAGAGAUGGUCGUGAAACAAGCUUGAGUUUGAUGAGAAGUAUUUCUGUUUGGAUAAGUGAAUUAUACGCAUAAACAGUCAACGCAUGUAAGUUUGAUGUUGAUUUUCUGAAACAAUUACCAUUCGGCGAAUAAUGAGUGCUGUAAUGAACAUGGUGCCAGGAAUUGAGAAGGUCCUUGGAAAUCGUUUGAAGAAGGGAAUAAUCAGUGUGCCAAAAGGGUCGAAAGAAACAAUCUGGAAAGUACAAGAUUUUACAAACUUUCCAAAUAUUGGUGGACCUGUGGAAUAUCGAGAAGGAGCAAAAGACAACCAGCCUGAUGCGGAAAGUCUAUCGACUACAGACGACAUCAUGGACUUGGUUGAGGGACUCAAAGAAAACGAUACUUUAAUAGUAUUAAUAUCAGGCGGAGGAUCAGCCCUCCUUUGCAUGCCUAGACCACAGCUUGAAUUGAAGGAGAAGCAAGAAUUUUGUAAAAAACUACAACAAGCUGGUGCAGAUAUUAAGGAAUUGAAUAUUGUUCGCAAAAAAUUAUCCAUGAUCAAGGGAGGAGGAUUAGCUCGGAUUGCUUAUCCUGCUUCUGUUAUCAGUUUGAUAUUGUCUGAUAUUGUUGGUGAUCCUAUUGCUGAAAUAGCUAGUGGUCCAACGGUAUAUAGCCCAAAAUCACCGGAAGAGGUAAUUAGUAUUUUGAAAAAAUAUGAACUAUUCGACGAUCUGAAUUGGAAUAUAAAAUCUGUUUUGACAUCUAAAGAUGUGGAUAGUAAAUUUUUAUUAGAUGAAAAUGAUGAGUUUAGGCAUGUGAAGAACAUAAUUAUUGGAAAUAAUUCAAUCGCGGUAGAAGCAGCAAAGAGUCAGGCGCUUAAGAAAGGUUUCAGUCCGAUCCUGUUACGAAGUGAUAUAGAGGGCAAUGUCAGUGAUGUUAGCUCUGCUUACGUUAGGGUAGUUAAUUUAAUGUGUAUGGUGCUAGACAAAUCACUAGAUAGAGAAACGUUUUUUGAUAUCAUCAAGAAAGAUCCAAUCCUGGCUUUGCCUGCAGAAAAAGUUGAUGAAAUCUAUAACAUCAUUGAAGAAGCUACAGGGAAGGGAAUUAUGUUAAUUGGAGGUGGUGAACCAACAGUAAUUGUACAAGGAAGUGGUGUCGGUGGUCGUAAUCAAGAACUUGCGCUUCGUUUUGCUCUCGAUUGGUUGGAAAAUGUGCAAGAAAGCCCGCGAUUAUCGAAAUACGAUGUGGUUAUGCUGAGUGGAGGAACAGAUGGGCAAGAUGGACCCACUGAUGCUGCUGGAGCAUUUGGUUAUCCAGCAAUCGGACCUAUUGUUCAUGAUCUGCGUAACAAAUUACGCGUUCAACUACAUCAAGCAAUGGUAGAAAGAAUGAAUGAACAGAAAGCAGAAACACAAGUAAUGGCAGGGGAAAAAAUUAGAUACCAUUCCGGUACUGAGAACCAGACUAAAAACGAUGAACUGACUAAUGACAAAUGUGAUGCACUAGCAUUGAAACUUGGAGCACUGGAAAAGUUGAUCCCUGAAAAUGUUAUAGAAAAUAAUGACUCAUACAAUUUUUAUACCAACUUCAAAAAGGGCAAAGAUUUAUUGAAAACUGGUCUGACGGGCACAAAUGUUAUGGAUUUGCAUAUCAUUUGUAUAACAAAACAGGAAUGCGGGUGUCGACUAGAUUUUGAGAUUGAAUCCAAAUGCCCGGAUCCGCUUGAAGAACAUAACUUAGAAUCUUUGGUAGGUGUAGAUGGGUUUGAAAGGUGUAGAAUAGUUGCAAAUUCUGCAAAAGAUAUAAAAUUACUAAAUUUGAAAGUCUUGGACCCAAAUCUGGCAGAGUCUUGUUGCACCAAAUCAAUUAAAGAAUAG